UCGCAUUGUCCACUCCCAUUGGUACGACUCAGUGUCAAGUAACACCACUCGUCAAGAUUUUUGAAUGAAACUUGUAGCCUAAUCAUACGGAGCCACUGCAAGGAAGUGCGUGCGAGUCGGUACUGUCAGCUCGUACUGGAUGAUGUUUUACACUUCAGAAAGUAUUACGACCCGUCCAUUUCUUUAAUUGGCUUUCGCAUUGUUUUAUUGAUUCGAACACGUAUAUAUUGGAAAUAACAUCCCACAGGAGGAAAUCGGACAAACAAUGCGUACUUUACUCAAGUUGACAAGUCCCGCACUGCUCCUGUAUUGCAUUUUCUCUUAUAUGAUGGCAUUCUCCUCAGGUUGUGAUACAAUGCUGGAAAUAGAGAGAGAAAGGGAGCUGUGUCUAAAAAUGGCGGAAUCUGAAAACAUCUCUUUUGGGUGCAGAAGAAUGUGGGAUAAUAUAACCUGCUGGCCAAAUGCCAAAGUUGGAGAAGUGGUUGAAGUCAAGUGUCCGACAUAUUUUGGUCUUUUCUCAAAUGAACAUGGUAUCAUGACAAGAAAUUGUUCCAUAGAUGGAUGGACAUAUGUAAAUCCUCAAGCUUAUGCUGAGGCUUGUGGAUACAUUGACAACAAUACAGUGGUAGAAGAGACUCAGUUUUUUGGCUCAUUGAAGACUGCAUACACAGUAGGACACAGCUUGUCUCUGGUUUUCCUCACGGCAGCUAUGGUAAUCCUUUGUGUAUUUAGGAAGCUACAUUGCACAAGGAACUAUAUACACAUGAACCUCUUUAUGUCCUUUAUUCUGAAGGCAAUUUCUGUCUUUGUAAAAGAUGUUAUACUCUUUUCUAAUGAGGAAGGCUGCCUUGUUAGUCUGGUGGGCUGCAAAUCAGCUGUUGUCUUUUUCCACUACUGUAUUAUGGCCAACUUCUUUUGGCUCCUGGUGGAAGGCCUGUAUCUUCAUACCUUAUUGGUCAUCUCAUUCUUCUCUGAAAGGAAAUAUUUCUGGUGGUAUGUCCUGAUUGGCUGGGGGGGUCCAUCAGUAUUCAUUGCUGCAUGGAGCAUCACAAGGGCUUAUCUUUAUGAUAAAGGUUGCUGGAAUGAUAUUGAACCUCCAUACUGGUGGAUCAUCAAAGCCCCAAUUUUGGUUUCCAUACUGAUUAAUUUCAUUCUUUUCAUCUGUAUUAUUCGAAUACUGAUCCAAAAGCUUCAUUCUGCUGAUGUUGGAAAAAAUGAGUCCAGCCAGUAUUUGAGACUGGCAAAGUCCACGUUAUUGCUGAUUCCAUUGUUUGGGGUCCAUUAUAUCAUUUUUGCUUUCUUUCCGGAACAUGUCAAGAAGGAGUUGAAGAUGAUAUUUGAGCUCAUUGUUGGCUCAUUUCAGGGCUGUGUGGUAUCAAUUCUUUACUGUUUCCUUAAUGGUGAGGUUCAAUCAGAAAUCAAGAGGAAGUGGAGACGAUGGCAUGUGGAGAGACUACUAGGCACAGACAUGAAGUAUCACCACCCCUCCAUGGGAAGCAAUGGAACCAACUUUAGCACCCAGAUUUCAAUGCUUACGAAGUGCAGUCCAAAAGGGAGAAGGGCUUCUGGAUUUCAAGCAGAUUCAUCUUUAGUUUAAAAGCAGUAACUACUUCAUUUCAUAGAGGCUCUUGACCUGUGAAUAACCACUCACUACAAAAGAGGGUUUAAAGAGGGAAAUCAUCUUUCAUACUGAUCAAAAGCUGUCUUUGAAUAAGACACUAUUAUAGGAGUUUGAGGUUUAAUGUUAAUGUGACACAAGUGAAUGUGACAUACUCCACCGCUGUAUGUCUAAAUGAGUUUUGUAUAUAGUGUAAGUCAACUGAUUUUAUUUAUUUUACAUCCGUAGCACCAUAUUAAUUACAAUAAGGCUGUUUCAGAAAAUGUUUUAUUUGCCAAAUUAUGUUAUGAACAUCACAGGGCAGCCUGAGAACAUUAGGAUUACAAUUAUUAAGAGUCAUUACAGCCAGAGUGGGUAUUGUAGCAACAAACUUAAAAUAAGGUUUAAAGUGAAUAAAAAGUUUAAAAAGCAAGAAACCUGUGUCUACACUGAAGUCAAAUCUAAGGCUUUUAGAAUGUGAAUGCCCUUUGCUGCACUAUAUAUGUUUAUGUAUUUUGUUUUUCACUUGAAAUAUGUGCAAGCUGUUGUGUUUUUUUUUGGUUUUUUUUUCUAAAUUAAGUUCUAAAAUAUCUUUGCAUAAGGAAGCACAACGUUGGCCAAUUUAAAGCCACUCUGUUUAGACAUGCAGUUUAUAUUGUCCCAUAAUUCUGUUUUUAGAAUUACUGGAUCUGUUCUUUUCACAAACUAUUAAGGUUAUUUGAAUUUAAAUCCACUCACAUCUUUUGAAAAUAAGGCACAGUACGAUUUACUGGCCUCCUGGCUUUAAUUUACCCCCUUUUUCUAAUAUCCCUGUGCUCAGUACACAUGGCAGUAAAUUUGAAUUUGGUCUUUUCAUGUAGAAGCUGCUUACGAGCAGAAGUAUGAGAUCAGUCACAGGGCUGUGAUCCUAAAAAUAUUAUAACACUGCAAAAGUGGGAAAGGGAUGUGUUAGGAAAUGGGAAAACUUCAUCUCUCAAAGAAAAAUAGAUCUAUGGACACUUUAAAAUUACCGGUCGCAGCAGGCUGCCAUGUUGGUCAUUGGCACACUGGUCAAGAUGCCAAUCAAGCCACUGUCCAUGCAGCAGUCAGAGAUUCUCAAAAUAUAUAAACAAGUUCAAUUAACAGUUUAAAGAGCAUGGAUGUAAAUAAACUUUACACAUUUAUUCCACUGCACCUUACAGUAUAUGAUCAAAAUAUAUUGCAUAAAUAGUAAAUAAUUUAUCAGUUUUAAGGUGUAAAUAUAGUUAGUUGGACAGGACACAGACACUCUCACAAUUAAUUUAUCAGGAGGCAGGGACAUCUAAAUUCCUUCCCUGUGCGCUCCUAUAAAAGAGAGUGUUUCAGUGAACCUUUCUAUACUUGCUAGACGCCAACUUUGAAUGAGAUUAUGAAAAAACAGAGCAAAGCCUAAAGGGAAAAAGUGUUCCCAGUAUGCAAACAAAUAAUUGGUUGAUGAGUAAUACAAAAAUGUCAAAACAACAAAAAAUUGUUUCACUUAUUAAUAAUAAUAGUAAUUCUUUAUAAUUAUAUAGUGGUUUUUCUCACUACUUAAGUUGCUUUUCAUAGUGAAUGGGGAGCUACUUCAACACCACUAAUGUGUAGCAUCCACGGCAGCCAUUUUUGUGUCGGUACUCAGACCACACAUUAGCUAUUAGGUGGUGAAGUGGCAAGAGUUAGUUAGCCAAGUAGAGACAGGUUGAUGAUGAGGGGGCCAGAAAGACUAGGCCAAGGAGGGCAAUUUAGCCUGGAUAUCAGGAAACACCCUGCUCUUUACAAAGGAUACCCAGGGGUGUUUUAUGACCACAAGAGAGUCAGGACCUCGGUUUUACGUGUCAUCCAUAGGAAGGUGCCAUUUUUACAGUGGCACCAAAUCAGAAAAAAACGCCAUGUUUAUGAAGUGGUGGUACAUUGCUCAGUAUGAAUAAAUGCCUAUAAACUAAAACAAUAAAGCAGGAUUAAAAAACAUGCAAUGAAAUGAAAAUGGAAAAAAGGUUAAAAAAUAAAAAGCAAGUAAUUAUGUACUCAGGAAAUUUAAUUUUGUGGUUAUUUCCUUGAUUGGAAUUGACUAUGAUUUAAUGUCUUUUGAGACACCAUUUUGUUACACUACAGGGAUGGCCAUUUUGUGAUUUCAGUUGUUGUAUCCAGCAGGAGACGGAAGCUCCCUUGUUGGACUGAGUUCUUUUGUAAUUGUGGACCUGAAACUAAAUAGAUAUGAUAUUAAAAGGCGAUACCCCUGCCUUAGUGAUACGGUGGUAAGAAAUCAUAUAGGAGAAAUAACAGCAUUCUUUAAUGAUGGUUUACGCUGCAUAACAGACGAAGGAAGCCAUGAUAAGA